UAGUGCCUACGGUAGGACCUACGGCACACGAGUUACCUACGGUACAUGAGGUGCUUUUGGCAAGUAUGAUUGCUCGUGAAGUUCCCGCAUUCUCCUGGUUCGUACUUCUUGUACUAGGACUGAUUUAUACGCAACAGCAGUGGUCACGCUACUCCCUGAAUUACCUGUACAAUGUAAGUCAAGAUGAUGACUUUGUGUCCAUCAAGCAUGCAGACAGCAUUUCCUACACGGAAUACGGUAUAUUGACCGGCUAUGGAUUUAGCGGGACGUUCUGUUUGGCGGGACUGGUGGCUGGACGCGCGGCAGACAUCUCCUCACGAAAAUUGAUUAUUUUUACUGGCAUCUUUGCCUGGAACGUGGCCCUGCUUAUGAUUGGCUACAGUGAGCACAUUUCCUUUUAUUAAAUAUUUAAUAGAUGCCUAAGGUCUGUGAAACGUAGGCCACUCCUACUUGGAGGUCCUACUUUGGCGGCUGGUUCUCGGUUUUGGCCAGGCAUUUUCGAGCCCUGCUAGCUACUCUCUAAUUGCAGACUACUUCCCGGAGAGCCAGCGGUCACAAGCCAAUGGCUUAUUUGCUUGUGGUGUGUACAUUGGAGGCGGGAUGGCAUCCAUGUGUAUAUCCAUGAGUGCGGACCUGGGCUGGCGCAAUACUUGCUUUUUAAUUGCAACAAUUGGCUUUUGUAUUUCAGUAAUCGAGGUCGUGAGCAUUCGUGAGCCACAACGUCCUUCAAGAAAAUCGAAAUUGCCCGCCUUAAAUGCUGAAGGCGGGCAUAUCCCAGCGGCGGCGAAGAAGAAUUUUGUUCAGGCAAUUUGGGCUAUAUUUAGCAAUGAAUUAGUUGUACUGGUUUUUGCGGCUUCAUCCCUGCGUUACAUGGGUGGCUACGUGAUUGCAGGCUAUUUGCCUGCACUAUUUGCCUCCGUGUUUCCAAACUUUGACGAUCAAUACUCCUAUAUAAACGCAUAUGUUGUUGCUGGUGGUGGGUUCAUUUCUUCAUGGCUUGGAGGCAUGCUGGCAGAUAAAUGGCGCGCCGUCGAGCCACGAGCGCGCAUGUACCUUCCAGUUUGCGGUUGUUUUGGCUCACUACCUUUCAUGGCUAUUUGCUGCCUGGCUUCUGAUUUUUAUGUUUCAAUUUUCCUUGGCCUUUUUGUGGAAUAUCUAAUUGCGGAGUGCUGGUUUGGUCCUGUUGUCGCUACCAUGCAAUCAGCUCUUGAAGCAGAUUGUCGCGCACUCGCGAUAGCAUGUUUUACCCUCAUUGCUACUUUCUUUGGGUCUCUAGCCUCCUAUAUCCUUGGCUAUAUCUACGAUGCAAUGCUUGCCCGCGGCUACCCAGACACUAUAAUCAGAUGGUUGGUCUUGUGGUCUGUUGUUACUUCAUAUGUUUUCGCGGGUGCCCUGUUUCUCUACUGUGCGACCUUGACUAGGCUAGACACACUGGUCACACAAGAGAAAAAGCCGUUGUUACGGGGGAAGGGUCUAUUCAUAGACAGCAGCGAAUAGCUAGAUAUGCAUUUGAGAUUGUGAUGAGGGUUUUAUGUACAAACAGGUGUAUAUUCGUCCCUAGGGAUCUCGGCUGUAUAUUCAAACGACAAUCCUCACUACCGCCUGUCGGACUGAAAUCACUGGUACUCAGCUGAAGAUUCACCCGGAUUUUGCGAAGAAAAAGGAGUCCCCCCUCACGUAUCAUCUAUUCUUCAACGAAAGUCUAAAUUUUUGUACUAAGGCUCCAGAUAUUAGUAAUUGAUUACCAAAAUUACCAUCUACCCGAUGAAUGCGCUCUUCAAGCGCCAUCGACAUGCGUCUUUGUCACAAUAAUCGAUCCACAUGUUGAUGAUAGUUUAGAUGAUAGAAUUAGACAGAUGAUUUUUGUUUGAGAAUUCUGGCGAUGAACUUACGACGUUGAAAGGGCCUGGAGGUUUGUGAGACUGGAAUCAAAGCUAUUUAUCGUCAAAGCCUCCGGAGCGUUCGCUGCCCCUCUCGUGUCUUCCCUCUCACGCAUCUCAGGACAUUCCUGGACUGCCCUUUCGCCAGGCUUCUGGGCUUAGAGCAUCUCUUUGAAUGCCGCACCGUGACCGUGGCACCGAAUUCCAAGCCGAGGAUAAGAGCCAGGCAAAACAGCUACUAUGAUGAUGGUACUGUAGUGGCCCCCAGGCUUCCCGGGCCCUCAUGCGCAAAAAAGGUAUAAACUCCUUCAGGGUCACCUGCCCUGAGGGCAGCUAACCCUGGAGGAGUUCACACCUUUCCCCCUGCGGGGGGCUGCUCCGCAAGGGUAAAAAAUCCGGCGUGGGGGAACUUCCGUGCGGGUUUAAGACUUUUUGAUUAUAAA